AAUGCGCACAGAGCUCAAGACUCCAUAAGGCAGUGUAUUUUCUCAGAGCACCAGCAACAUCAACACACGAUUUGUAUUAAAGUCAUGGGGAUAUCAGACAUUUUUCUUCAGUCCUCUGGUUCUGUGAUCUUACUGGGGACUCUGGUGGUCCUGCUGCUUGUCUACCUCGUCUCCUCCUGCAGCUUUGGUUCUCAGGAACACAGGAAGGAACCUCCAGGACCCAGACCGCUUCCCCUGCUUGGUAACCUGCUGCAGCUGGACCUCGAGAGACCCUACAACACAUUACUGAAGCUUUCCAAGAAAUAUGGAUCAGUGUUCACUGUGUAUUUUGGAACCCAAAAAGUGGUGGUUCUGGCAGGAUACAAGACAGUGAAGGAGGCACUUCACAAUCAAGGCCAUGGGGUUUUAUGGUCCAAUGGGGAUUCAUGGAAAGAGAUGAGACGCUUUGCUUUGACAAACCUCAGAGACUUUGGGAUGGGAAAAAAGGCGUGUGAGGACAAGAUCAUUGAGGAAUGUGACUACCUCACUGAAGUGUUCAAGAAAUUCAAAGGAGAAGCCUUUGAUACGAGCCAACCAAUGAAUUAUGCCGUCUCUAACAUUAUCUGCUCCAUUGUGUAUGGCAGCAGAUUUGAAUACAAUGACCCAAAGUUUACAUCCAUGGUCGAUCAAACCAACAGAAGAAUCCAACUUGUGGGCUCCCCAUCAAUACAGAUGUACAACCUGUACCCGUGGAUCAGCAAAUGGGUUGGUGACAGAAGGGAAAUCCAAAAGAUUUCUGCCUUCAUUAGAAAAGAGAACUUUGCGCUGUUCAGUCAUUUGAAAGAGACUCUCAACCCUCAGAUGUGCAGAGGUUUUGUGGAUGCCUUUCUGGUCCGGAAGCAAAAUCUGGAGGAAUCUGGGAUUACUAACAGUCACUUCCACAGUGAAAAUCUUCUGGUGUCAGUUCAGAAUCUCUUCACUGCCGGGACUGACACAACAGCAACGACACUGAGAUGGGGACUUCUGCUGAUGGCCAAGUAUCCAGAAAUACAAGACCAGGUCCAGGAGGAGCUGAGCCAGGUGUUAGGAAGUCGUCAGGUCCAGGUGGAGGACAGGAAGAACCUGCCCUUCACUGACGCUGUCAUCCACGAGACACAGAGACUGGCCAACAUCGUCCCCAUGGCGGUGCCUCACAGAACAAGCCAAGACGUCACUUUCCAGGGUUACGUGAUUAAAAAGGGAACCACAGUGUAUCCUCUGCUGACAUCUGUCCUGUAUGAUGAGAGUGAGUGGGAGAGACCUCACACCUUUUAUCCUGCCCACUUCCUGGACAAAGACGGAAGGUUUGUCAAGCGAGACGCCUUCAUGCCUUUUUCUGCAGGUCGCAGGGUUUGUCUCGGGGAGGGUCUGGCCAGGAUGGAGCUCUUCAUCUUCUUCACCACCCUGCUGCAGCGCUUCCGUUUCACUCCUCCACCUGGAGUUUCAGAGGAUGAGCUGGAUCUGACACCACGUGUGGGCUUUACCCUCAACCCUUCACCUCACAAGCUGUGUGCUGUCUCCUGCAUGUGA